GAAAAUUGUAAAUUCCGCUUUAGAAAAUGUAUUGUUUGUUUUAGUUGGGCCAUCUUAGAGGUCGAAACUUUUGAUCAUGCCGAUGAAAUCACACAAGCAUUUGCUGCUGGACUUCUUGAAGGUAUUUUAACGCGGCAGUUGAUAACGUAUCAUUUUCAUAAUACGGUGGAAGGAAUGUGUGAUGGAAAACAUGAAUAUUGUGUGAAACUGUAUAAAUACCUGUUAAAAAAUUUGAACUGGAUCAAGGAAACAGUAAAUCAGAAGCCGAAGACGGAUGUAUAUUGGAAACAGUAUUUUUCAAUUUGCAGUAUGCUCCAACUUGCUGGUGAUCUUAUCGAUCUGACAAAAUUAUUUGGCAUCAGUGAAAAAGAUUCAAGUCACUGUUCGGGAUUGAUAAAAAUUGCGCCCAAUAAUUCAGAUUUAUUUGUUGCUCAUGUGGCCAUGUCUGGUUACAAUACAAUGAAUCGAGUCCUCAAGCUCUACAAAUUUGCAUACAAAGUGCCAGGAUAUGCAACAUCAUUUUCCUCUUAUGCCGGAACCUUGAAUUCUGUCGACGAUUUUAUACUAUCAAGCUCUGGUUUGGCAGCCAUUGAGACUACCUUUGCGAUAUUCAAUGUAUCAUUGUAUAACAAUGUCAAAUCUACUGGGCAUACAGCAAGCGAAUGGGUCAAAAUAUUUAGCAGGUAUAACUCAGGUACUUACAAUAAUCAGUGGAGUCUCGUAGAUUACAAACUAUUCAUACCUGGGAAACAACUUCCAACUCAUGGUCUUUUAUGGGUUUUGGAACAAACACCAGGACUAACAGUUUAUCAUGACAUGACAUGGUAUUUGAGAAAGCAUGCAUAUUGGCCAAGCUAUAAUAUUCCAUACUUCGCAGAAAUUAAUAAGAUAAGUGGUUACAAGGAAAAAAGUGAGUCAAUGCAAUGGUAUAAUUGGACAAGCAGCCCACGUGCAAAAAUUUUUGAUCGGGAUCAUAAUAAAGUUAUCAACAUGAGCACUUUACAGAAGCUGAUGAGAUACAACGAUUAUACACACGAUGAAUUCAGCAAAUGUCAUUGCAUCCCACCAUAUACAGCCGAAGCAGCUAUUUCAACCCGUGGAGAUUUGAAUCCUGCUAAUGGUACUUACGAGAUCGAAUCGAUGGGACAUCGAAACCAUGGUGAUAUCAAAGCAAAUCAUGAUGGACAGCCAACAGAAUGGAAGUUUGAAGAAAUUGAAACUCAAUGGGAAUGUACCUUGCCAUAG